GUAAAGCUGGUGUUAAGUUAGCCAGGUUUACAAAUAACAUUCGAGUGUCGUGCGAGCGGCGGUUGCGAAUGAGAAAAUGGCUGGGGGGUCGCAAUCGUUUCAGAAAAGCAAAGUCGACGGCUAUGGGUUUGAGCGACCGGAAGACUUCGACUUUAAGUCGUAUGAAGAAUUCAUGGCUUCCUACUUGUCCGUGUUGGCGCGGCGGGCGCAGAGGUGGAAAAAAACUGUCGGAGAUCAGACUACAGACAUUUCAAAAUCUCGAAAAAUUAAAAGGUUUUGCAGGAAGGGAAUACCAUCAGGUAUAAGAGCUGAUGUGUGGAUGGUUGUGAGUGGUGCGGAGCAGAGAAGGAUGGCGGACCCGGAACUCUACCAGCGUCUUGUUGACAACCAGCUAGACGACACACACCCCGUCAAGUGUGCCAUUAACCUUGAUAUACAUCGAACAUUCCCGGAAAACAUCCAUUUUGCUGACACAGUGGAUGCCAAUGGUCUACGGAAACCCCUGUGUCGAGUCUUGUCGGCAGUGGCCAAGAAUAACACCCAAGUGGGAUACUGUCAGGGUCUAAACUUCAUUGUCGGCCUCCUCCUUCUCAUCGUGAGGGAUGAAGACAAGGUGUUCUGGUUGAUGGACACGCUCAUCAAUAAUAUAUUACCAGGGUACUAUUUCCCAGACAUGAAGGCCCUGCAAGCAGAGCAAGAACUCGUGGGGGACGUGGUGAAAUGGAAGUUGCCGGAGGUGGCAGCUCACAUGGAGGCUCUCGGGGUGCAGUGGUGUCUGGUGGGCAUGAAGUGGUUCAUCUGUCUCUUCGCAGACGUCAUGCCCGUCGAGACUGUCUUGCGAAUCUGGGACUGCUUGUUCUUUGAAGGCACAAAAAUACUGCAUCGCGUGGCCUUGACCCUAGUUAUAGCUAACAAGGAGAAGAUUCUGGCCACCAAGACAUUCCCUGAGGCUGUGGACCUGUUCCGAAUGAUCGUCUCCACGCCUCACACCCAAGACUGCCACACAUUUAUGAAGAAUAUUUUUGAAUUAACAGGAUCAUUUCCGCGCUCAAAGCUGGACCAGAUGAGAGAAGAGUGUCGGAAGAAAGUCAAAUGAAGAAAUUGUUUUGUUUAUGACUGGAAAGGAAAAUGUGCAAUAUGAACAAAUUCCAAUCAUUAAUUUAAGUGUGUCAGAGACUAUUUUACAUGUGAAGAUAGCUAUUUUACUGAACAGAAUAUAAUUUUGAUCAUGUGUAUCCAACAUUAUUUACAUUAAUCUAUUAAAAUUUAAUCUAAAAGGUUAAAUUUCUACAUUUAGUCCAACAGCUUAUCUAUAGUUAGUCAUACAGAAAGCAGUUUGUGACAACUUAUGUAUAGUCAUAAGGAAAGCAGUACCGGUAAUUGUUUGUGGGUCUCAUACAUGUGACAUCUUCAGGUUGGCAUAUGUUUCGCCUAUUAAAAUAAGAAGGUGAACAUAAAAAUGCUAAUUAUAUAAAAUGAUUGUCAUACAGGUAUUUUUCAUAGAGAAUUUUUUAAGGCAGCAACAAAUUGAUUAUUUAUUUAGAUCUAUGCAUCUAUUGGAGACAUUCUACCAUUUUACCAAAAGAUUGGUGACAUUUUGCAGUGGUGAAUUUAUGAUCACCAUGUUUUUAAAAUUCUAAUUUUAUGAUGAAUUUGUCGUUUCAUCAGACUUUAUCACUUCAGACAAAAAAACAAAUGAAUGAAUAAUCAAUUUGCUGUGUUAUUGUGUAGCUAAUUUCAUUCCCACGUGUGUAAAUGAGGCUUGUCAUUUCCCUGAUACAUAAGAUUAUAUUAGUCAUGUGAUACCUACCUGUAAUGAUUUAAAUUAGUUGUAAUAAUAUUGAUUAUGAUUAUGAUCGCAGGUCAGCAACUUACCCUUGCUUGUGGUCUUUGCCCUGGUUACUUCAGGCUUUCCUCCCACAUUAAACAGACAAGCCUUUCUGUAACUGACACACUGUUCAAAACUUCAAUGUGGCAUGAAACUCUCUGGGAUGACGAGGAUGUUGCUUCGGCAUCCUAAGCAAUUUAUCAGCUAUUCCAGUCAACUUGACCUUUGUUUGUUGUGUAAUGCCGCACUCGGCAAUAUUGACGGCAGUCUGUAAAUAAUCGAGUCUGGACCAGACAAUCCAGUGAUUGACAUCAUGAGCAUUGAUCCACUCAAUUUGGAUACGAUG